GUCAGAAGUUCAGAAUACAAUAGCAAAGUUUCAAGAGAGCCAUGGCCUCUGAGCAGUCUUUGCACAUGAACCAGGGAGAAGGAGAAACAAGCUAUGCCCGGAACUCUAGUAUUCAGAAUGCUGUGCAAAAAUGGAUGAAGCCUGUUGUAGAGGAGGCUGUCACUGACUUGAAGAAAUUUACCAAUACCAGCUGCAGCAUGUUGAUAGCUGACCUGGGCUGCUCCUCUGGCCCCAACGCCGUAGCGCUUGCCUCAAUGGCUGUAGAUGCUAUUUUUCGCUACCGUGGGCUUGACGGGAAGGUCCCACCGGAGCUAUGGGUACUCCUGAACGAUCUUCCAGACAAUGACUUCGGCGAUGUUGCAAAGCGCUUGGUUGCAUUCCAAAAGGAUGCCGCCCCAAAUUUCGGCGGCCAUGUUUUGACUGCUAUUGUACCUGGUUCAUUCUACAAGAGGCUCUUUAUUAGUAGCUCCUUGCAUCUAGUUCUUGCAUCAAACAGUGUGCAGUGGCUGUCAGAGGCACCUGAAGAUCUAAGAAAGAAUGGGAUCCCUAUGUACGACUGCGAUGAGGGUCUAAGGCAAGCAAGGCGCUCACUGGUGCUGCAGGCUUAUGCUCGGCAGUUCAGGAAGGAUUUCACGCUAUUCUUGAACUUGAGGGCUCAAGAGUUAGUCCCUGGGGGCCAGAUGGUGAUCUCCUUGCCAGGCCACUGUUCCAAUGACAGUGCAUGCCAGUCAAAUCUACGAUGCGAUGGUACAGCUUUUAUGCUAAACGACAUGGCAUCAAGGGGUGUCAUCGACAGAGAAAAGCUAGACUCGUUCUACUUACCCAUGUAUGACCCUUCUGAUCAGGAGUUAAGAGAAAUCAUCCAAGAUGAGGGCUCCUUCAUGAUCAACAAGAUACUGGUCCAUGAUGUCAUUAGUGACAUGGACAAAAUCUCCAUCACCCCAAAGAUGGUAGCUCUCACAGUUAGAGCUGCGUUCGAACCAAUAAUCGCGCAACACUUCGGGUCGCAGGGACAAGUGAUGGAAGAGUUUGAGAGAACCGUCGAGUGGCACGUUGGUGCAGGUGCAGGCAGACCGCAGGUUUUUGCUUCGGCCUUCCUAUGUGUGUCUCUCAAAAAGAAAGUAUAAUGGAUGCUUUUCUGUCUAAUGCCUUUGGCUGUCAGCAGACAAUUUGCAGAAAAGAAACAGUUCAGUUGCUUGUGGGAAAUAUGUUCUUAUUCAUCUCUUCACUAGCAUAUUAUAUCUAUAUAUACGGCUCAAGCCAUUGCAACUGUUGACUUAUCUUAUGAGCUGUACUAUUUCAGCGAACUAACAAUGUUUUUUCUUACAAUAAAUCAGCAAAACAGUACUUUCAAUCAUAGUUUUUUAACAAAGUGAACAUAUCCAAAAGAAAAAGUAGUACUACUUGU